AAUGCAAGGAAGGCUGGUUUGGAGUGAACUGCUCUCGCACCUGCCCACGAAUUUGUCCUCCAGAUGAGUGCGACAAGGUCACGGGCAAGUGUAUGAAGUGUCUGGGACGACGGAUAGGACCCAAGUGUCAGGAUUGUUUCGUAAUUUCAAAAAUAACAAAUUACAAUAUAAUGUUCAACAACAUAAAUGUGACAAACAUAACUUGUAGCAUUCACUAUUUUAUAAUAUUUAAUUCCUA